AUGGACGACGUGGUUUACCUACAGGGCCAGCGGAAGCCAGGGGUAGUCACCGUUCCGCUCGCUUCGUACCCCACAUUUUCUGAUUUCAAGGAGCAUUGUCGAGAACUGUUCUUCAAAAAUUCCAUUGAGGCAUCGUUCGUGGUCGCCACCUCCGACCGAAAAAGUGUCAUCACCGAUGAUGUCUACCGUUCGAUGGUUUCGGGCGAGUACCUCGGCGGCCAAAAACAACUCGACCGCACGUUUUUGGUGCUGGACCACAUCGGUGCACGGCUGGAAGUGCCGGCGAAGAUGGCGAUCGGGUUUUCGCCGCAUAUAGGCACCCUUCUCGGUGCUGGAGCUUCCCACUUGAACAGGAUAGACGACGGUGUGGCGGAACUUAUUGACAAUUCGAUUCAGGCAACUCGUGGAAACGCUGAGAGGAAGGUGGAAGUGGAGGUUGUCCUGAACGGGAAGAGCACGAGCUUCCUAGUGGUCCGGGAUAACGGUUGCGGAAUGCACGCGAAGGGCCUUGAAGAUUUUGCUACGUACGCUCUCAACAUGGAAGCACGGGGAAUGCAAGGCCCCACGGCAACAGGUGGAGGAUCUUCUACGUCUUCAGUACGGCAGGGCAUGCGUGCAAUCGGCUCCGGAGAAAUUUCGAAGUUUGGCGUGGGUGCGCUCGAGGCCGGAUUUUAUAUCGGAUCCCGUAUUCAGGUCGUGACCAAAGCCCAGGGAAAUCCUGACGUGCAUGUAUUCGUGUUGGACGAGGAUCUAUUGAAACAGCGCCAAGAGAACGACGAGCCGGUCUAUACCGGCGAUGUCUUCCUAAGGCCCCCCGGGGGGAUCGAAGAACAGGGCUCGAGUGCGCUGAAGAAGCUACUCACCCGUCUACGAGAACGAGAACCCGAGAUGGACCACUUCACCUACAUCGUCCUCUCGCUGAGGGAGGAACAUGUUGAUUCGUAUCGACAACGUGAAACACCCCUGCACUUGGAACUGGCAUCAAUAUACCACUAUUAUCUUCAUCCCGAAGACUGUCCACCGGGCAUCGCAAGCAACAACGGAACGGGCGGAGACGGCAACGACGGCGGUGCGCCUGCGCAGGGUGACGAUCAGGGGGCCAACACGGCCGUUACCCUUACGUUUAAACAGAGCGGAGGCCGGACGAUCGAAGAAAUCGAUCUCGGAGCGGAAGCCGUUGAAAGCCUCGAAAAGUGGUAA